AUGUCUUCAACUCAGGCUGAUUCAGAUAUUGUUGACUGCACCGACAGUGUUGAUUUCUGCGACAACGUUAUCAUUAUGGACAUCGACAAUCUCCUCGUAGGAUGGCCGGCAUAUAAAAUCAAAUUCAUGCCUAAAAAACCAGGUCCUGUGAAACUCAUCAUUCAUCUGAAAGACGCUGUCAAAUUCAUGCAUGUUGAAGAGUCCACUGACAGUGAAGCUGAGUUGUUGUUUUCGAGCAAUGGAUGGAAGAGGGUCCGCAAGAACAAGCAAAUCAAGACAUAA